AUGGGAAGCAUGGAAGAAAAGCAAUCAUUGGAUUUAAAAAAUAGAUAUCGUCCAGCGAUUUCUUCCUCACUCAACCCAAAUAGAAAACCAUCACCACCAAAUAAUAAAAAUAAUACGGGAGACGACGACCUUGCUAAAAAUUAUCCAAGUAAACGUUAUUCAACCCUUGCUAAUUCAAGACCUAAACUAGAAGAUCAUGCAAAGAUGGAGAAUGAUUAUACAGCAAAUGACGUUGAAAACAAAAAAGAAGAAUCUGCAAAGGAGCAGAGUUAUGAGAAUAAAUCAAAGGGGAUUAAAGAUUAUUCCAAAGAAAUUGCCAAUAUUACUACUAGUAGUACAGAAUCAAUUGAUAAAUUGAAAUCUGAAGAUGAUGAUUUAAAAGUUACUGAAGAUAACAAAGGGAAUACUAAAGAGAACACUGUAUAA